AUGGUCCAGGAAGCUACCCCUCCAUUGCCGGAGGGCAUCUCUUCGCUCUUGGAUACAGAUCUCUACAAAUUGACCAUGCAAUGCGCUAUCCUGAAAUACUUUCCUGAUGUUGAUGUGACCUACAGCUUCACGAAUCGGACCCCGCAUAUGAAAUUGCGACGCGCGGCGCACAAAUGGCUUCUGCAACAGAUGGACAAGCUUGCCAAUAUUCGCGUCACCGCCGAAGAGCGCGCAUUCCUCAAGCGCAAAUGCCCCUACCUCAAUGACGCAUACAUCACCUUCCUCGAGACCUUCCAUCUCAAACCCGCUGAACAGAUCGAGAUCAAAUUCACCCCCACACAAGAUACCGGCAGCGACGACGAUGAGGGAAAUAUUGAGUACAUCAUCAAAGGACUUUGGCUGGACACGAUUCUUUAUGAGAUUCCUUUGUUGGCCUUGACCAGCCAAGCCUACUUCAUGUUCACCGACAAAGAGUGGGACUACAACCAACAAGAGGAAAAGGCCUACCGCAAGGGCUGUACCUUGCUAGAGAACGGAUGCGUGUUUUCCGAAUUUGGCUCGCGCCGCCGCCGAGACUAUCACACCCACGAUCUCGUCAUGCAGGGACUCAGUCGCGCCGCUGCCGAAGGCAAAAAGCAGGGAUGGAAGGGUGUCUUCACCGGCACUAGCAAUGUGCACUUUGCCAUGAAGUACGACACCAAUGCUGUUGGAACGGUUGCCCACGAAUGGUACAUGACUAUCGCGGCUAUCACGGAUGAUUACAAGAAUGCCAAUGAAUUGGCUUUGCAGUAUUGGCUUGGCUGCUUUGGCGAGGGUGUCCUCGGCAUCGCUCUCACCGAUACAUUUGGAACGCCCGCUUUCCUGAACGCUUUCCGCAAGCCCAUCUCAACGCCAAAGUCUGACCCUUCUCCGACAAACAACAAUGGCAAGACGUUCGCCCAGGUUUACACGGGUGUUCGUCAAGAUUCUGGGGACCCUACCUUCUUCGUCAAGACGGUGCGCGAAUUCUACGAUCGUGAGGGCAUCACAGACAAGAAGGUUGUCGUCUUCUCCGACUCAUUGGAUAUUGAGCACUGUCUCGAAUACAAGACUAUUGCCGAGGAGGCUGGUUUCACACCCACCUUUGGCGUGGGAACGUUCUUCACAAAUGACUACAUCAACACAUCAACGCAAGAAAAGUCCAAGCCCCUAAACAUCGUCAUUAAAAUCGCCACCGCAAAUGGUCGACCAGCUGUCAAGCUUAGCGAUAAUCUGGGCAAAAAUACCGGCGACCAUGAGAAGGUUCUAGAGGUGAAGAAGACGCUUGGCUAUGUUGAGCAGGAUUGGAAGGACGGAGAUGAGAGGAAUCGCUGGACACAGAAGUAG